UUGAAACUUGCUCAAACUUUUGUAUUAAGUGGAAAUUGACAGUCCCCGUGAUUCGUAAUGGUGCUAGAAGAAAGCUCUUCCAGCACAGCACACUCGUGGACAAUUCUGACCAAUUAUGAGGCCGGAUGUAAGCAAUGCGUCGAAAAACAGCUGACGUUGAAAAAGCGUGGCUACUUUAGAGUUCAUCAAAACAAUUCAACAAGGCUGUAGGAGGAGAAAAUGGUGAAGCGCUGCAGUGCCAGGCAGGCGUCUGGGUCAGGCAGUUAACGCCUCGCGGACUGCCCCUUUUCUCCGCGGGCCCGGAAGGGCCUGAGGGCUAGGGGUGGUGUUUAGGACCGGCUCCUGUCGGUCAUACUUGGCUCGGUGCCCAGCACUGAGGCCCGCCCAGGGGCUUCCCACCGCCCCUCACUUGAGAGUUCCUUUUAAACUCGUUCGGGAGCCCCAGCGCGCCUCUUGCGUGCUAGCCCCCGCCCCUCGGGCGGCCCGCUCUUCCUGCUCUGAUUGGCCGCAGUGCCUGUUCAUCAGCCGUGACGCCGGGGUCGCCUGCCGGGGCCCCGCCCUCUUCCGAGGGCCCUGAAAACAAUUUUAAGAUGGCGGCGGCGGCGGCGCGGAAAACAAUGGGGCCGGGGCGGCGGGGACAGGCCGAAGCCUGAGGUGGGCAGCGAGCGCCGGCCCGGGUCGGGCCGAGCGGGGCCGGAGAAAGACCCGCCGCCGCGCGCGAGCCCGCUCCGCAGCCCGUGGGGCCAUGGCGCGGCCGUAAGGCGGCCGGGCCGCCGGCGGGGAACGGAGCCCGCAGUGCCAGCCGGCUCCGAGAGGCCCGCCCCGGGCCCGGCCCGUGCAGCCCGCGGCCCAUGGUGCUGCCCACCUGCCCCAUGGCGGAGUUCGCGCUGCCGCGGCACAGCGCGGUCAUGGAGCGCCUCCGCCGGCGCAUCGAGCUGUGCCGGCGCCACCACAGCACCUGCGAGGCCCGCUACGAGGCCGUGUCGCCCGAGCGCCUGGAGCUCGAGCGCCAGCACACCUUCGCCCUGCACCAGCGCUGCAUCCAGGCCAAAGCCAAGCGCGCCGGCAAGCACCGGCAGCCGCCCGCCCCGGCCCCGGCCACCGCCCCCGUCCCGGCGUCCGCCGCCGCCCCGGUGCCCGCCGCGCCGGCCUCGGCCCCGCGCCUCGACGCCACCGACGGGCCCGAGCACGGCCGCCCUGUCGCGCAUCUUCAUGACACAGUGAAGAGAAAUCUUGAUAGCACCACCCCCCCUCAGAAUGGCGAGCAACAGAAUGGCUACGGAGACCUCUUUCCUGGACACAAGAAGACCCGCCGAGAGGCCCCUCUGGGAGUAGCUGUCGCUUCCAAUGGCUUGCCUCCAGCCUCUCCCCUGGGGCAGCCUGACAAGCCUGGCGCAGAGGCCCUGCAGGCCAGUGGGAAGCACUCACUGGGGCUUGACUCCAUCAGUAAGAAGUGUCUGGCAGACUCCAGCCUCCACUUGAAUGGAGGCAGCAACCCUGGUGAGCCGUUUCCUCUGAGCCUGAAUAAAGAACUGAAGCAGGAGCCCGUCGAUGACCUGCCUUGCAUGAUCGCGGGGGCCGGAGGCUCCAUAUCUCAAAGCAACCUCAUGCCUGACCUCAACCUUAACGAGCAAGAGUGGAAGGAGCUCAUCGAGGAGCUGAACAGGUCAGUGCCCGAUGAAGACAUGAAGGAUCUGUUUAAUGAGGACUUUGAAGAAAAGAAGGACCCAGAGUGUUCUGGUUCCGCCACGCAGACCCCCUUGGCACAGGACAUUAAUAUUAAGACAGAAUUCUCCCCAGCAGCCUUUGAACAAGAACAGUUAGGCUCUCCACAAGUGAGGGCAGGGUCUGCAGGACAGACCUUUAUGGGGCCUUCAGCCGGCCCUGUGAGCACAGAUUCACCAAGCCUCGGGGGCACUCAGCCUCUAUUCCACACCUCUGGUCAGCCCGGGGCAGACAAUCCCAGUCCCAACCUGAUGCCGGCAUCAGCCCAGGCCCAGAAUGCACAAAGAGCCCUCUCCAGUGUGGUGUUGCCCAGCCAGGGCCCGGGAGGGGCCUCAGAGCUAUCCUCUGCUCACCAGCUCCAGCAGAUCGCUGCGAAGCAGAAGCGGGAGCAGAUGCUCCAGAACCCGCAGCAGGCCACCCCUGCACCGGCCCCAGGGCAGAUGUCCACGUGGCAGCAGACAGGCCCCUCCCACAGCCCCUUAAACGUCCCUUAUCCCAUGGAGAAGCCCGCCAGCCCUCCUGGCUACAAGCAAGACUUCACCAACUCCAAACUGCUCAUGAUGCCCAGUGUGAACAAGAGCUCCCCUCGGCCCGGAGGCCCCUACCUCCAGCCCAGCCAUGUGAACCUGCUGAGUCACCAGCCGCCAAGUAACUUGAAUCAGAAUGCCGUGACUAACCAAGGGUCGGUGCUGGACUAUGGCAACACCAAACCCCUUUCUCAUUACAAAGCAGACUGUGGGCAAGGUGGCCCUGCAUCCAGCCAGAGCAAGACAGCCCUCAUGGCUUAUCUUCCCCAGCAGCUGCCUCAUCUGAGCAACGAGCAGAAUUCCUUGUUUCUGAUGAAACCAAAGCCAGGAAAUAUGCCCUUCCGAUCACUGGUUCCCCCUAGCCAGGAGCAGAACCCACCCGGCGUCCCUGUGCCAGCCCAGGCUGCCAGCGUGGGGAGCCAGCCACCAGCUGCGUCCGGGGCCAGCACUCACAGCAGCACCCCCUAUCUCAGUAGCCAGCAGCAGGCAGCAGUAAUGAAGCAGCACCAGUUGCUCUUGGACCAACAGAAACAGAGGGAGCAGCAACAGAAGCACCUGCAGCAACAGCAGUUCUUACAAAGGCAGCAGCAACUUCUGGCGGAACAGGAGAAACAGCAGUUUCAGCGCCACCUCACGCGCCCACCUCCCCAGUACCAAGACCCAACCCAGAGCACCUUCCCACAGCAGGUUGGACAGUUCACAGGGUCCUCUGCUGCUGUGCCUGGCAUGAACAACUUGGGUGCAUCAAACCCCGGCUGUUCUCGAGCGUUUCCUCAGGCCGGGAAUUUGAUGUCAAUGGGUCCUGGACACACUUCGGUUUCCUCUCUCCCCUCAAACUCAGGCCAGCAGGACCGGGGUGUGGCUCAGUUCACUGGCUCCCAGAGCCUGCCACAGAGCAGUCUCUAUGGCCUGGCCUCCGGCAUAACCCAGAUAGUUGGCCAGCCCCCACCACAGGCCACCAACGGACAUGCCCACAUUCCACGGCAGACUGGCGUGGGCCAGAGCACCUCGGUCUCCGCUGCCUAUGGGCAGAACUCUCUGGGAAGCUCCGGCCUCCCCCAGCAGCACAAUAAGGGUACCCUGAACUCUGGUUUAACAAAGCCACAGGUCCCAAGGGUGUCCGCUGCCAUGGGAAGCCAGAACCCCUCGUGGCAGCAUCAGGGAAUGCCGAACUUGAGUGGCCAGACCCCAGGGAACAACACCGUGAGCCCUUUCACGGCAGCCUCCAGCUUCCACAUGCAGCAGGCCCACCUGAAGAUGUCCAGCCCGCAGUUCUCCCAGGCGAUGCCCAGCAGGCCCAUGGCCCCCAUGAGCUCGGCAGCCGCGGCAGGGUCCAUGCUGCCCCCCGUGAGUGCGCAGCAGAGGACCGGAGCCCCUGCCCCAGCACCUCCCCAGGGAGCCCCGCAGCAGGGCUUGCCGGGCCUGAGCCCGGCCGCACCCGAGCUGGGGGCCUUCAGCCAGAGCCCUGCGCCAUCGAUGAGCAGCCGGGCGGGACUACACUGCACUCAGGCCUAUCCCGUGCGGACCGCGGGCCAGGAGCUGCCCUUCGCCUACAGCGGGCAGCCGGGUGGCAGUGGGCUGGCCAGCAUGGCCGGAGAUGCUGACCUGAUCGACUCCCUGCUGAAGAACAGGACUUCGGAAGAGUGGAUGAACGAUCUGGAUGACCUGUUAGGGCCUCAGUAACUGGAGGAUUUGUGGUGGUCUCAAAUGUUCACACAGCCUGUAUUUUUAUUCUCAGAUUCAAGAAAGAGCAACUACAUUGGACCAAAAGCCCGCGGCCUGGGGAGCUGGGUGGGUGGAGCCAGAGCCCCAGGGUGGAGGCCUGGCCUGGCCAGGCCAGGGUCUGCCGGGUGCACAGCUCCCAGCCAGCAGUUGUGGCCCGUCGGGCUGGCCCCAGCCCAUCUGCUGGCUUUGUUGCCUGGUGUUGGGACAGCAGGAUAGGGUUCUAUGAGUGGUUUUCUAUCCAAAUGACCAAAAAACCAACAGUAAGAAUGGUGAAACCCCACGAUGGCAGGCUCAUAAAAAUCUCUGCCAUUGUGUUGACUUAAUCCAAGAUUUCUCCUCUUUCCCCAGUGUUGGGGACAGGUUUUGUUGCAACUUUAUAUAGCAGAACUAUUUGCAAUUUGUAGCAUAGAAAAGAUUUUUUUUUUUAAGAUUUUAAGACAGAUUAGGAUAGGUGGUGGUUUAAAUUGAUUUUAAGUGGCAUUGGAAACCUAGGGUUUCCUUUGGUUAAGAGCCCUUUUUAUUCCUGCUCUUUGUCCGCUUUCAGGGGAAAGGGAGGGUCCCCGGGCAAUCAUUUCCGUCAGUACAGGCUGUGACUGCAUGUGCCAAAAAGGAACAGGAUGCCGCGAGAUAGCAGAACUAGUGACACAGAUGUGGUCACUCCAGCCGCGCUCCUCCUCCUCCCCCCAGAAUGCUGUGCUUCCAGGACCCCAGGCCACCCCCAGGCUAAAUGCCGAGAUGGAUUAUUUGGGAUUCCUGUGUCCCCUUUUGUUGUAAACCCUCCCCCUCUUCUGCAGUUUCUCUCAAAACUUGUAUUUAAUGUGUCAGGAAGGUGAUCAUUGCUGUGCACAGACGUCUUUCCUUCACCCCAUCUGCAGUUCCCAUGACCUCUCUGCCUCCCCUUCUCUCUCCAGCACAAAUGGAAAACCUCUUUAAGGCCACAGGUUACUAGACUGGAGGGGAAAGUCAUUACGAUUCCUUAGGGAGCCCUAGCAUUGUAGUAGUGGGGCUGGUGUCCCCUCCCCAGAAAGCAAAGGUUUGGGGGAAGGAGGGAAAGAGGUGUGCACUGUUGGGCAGGGAGGCCACAGGCCGAGCCGCAGGUGAGAACUCCACUCUGUUUCACCACUUCUGCCUCUCUCCCUCGUCAGAUGACGUGCACUUUUUGAAGAGAAUGACUUUAUAACACUAAUACAUCCUUUCUAAAGACUGGAGUGGAUUUCUCUUUGGAGGUCUGUGAAUUAAUGGACUUUGGCUAAGCUAAGAGUCCGCAGAACAGAUAUUCCCCGUGGGCUGUUUCUGGAAACAAAGAUGGAGAGAGCACUUCGGUUAGAACGAAAGCAAAAUGGUAAGUGCAGGGCGAAACCCUUCUAAACAGAGUGUUGGAGAGAAAAUAGGACACUGAAGAGAGUGGCUUCCAUGUAGAGUGGUCCCUGGAGAAACCACAACCCCAUUUUUAAUUUCCCUGGAGUCUCAAAGUGGGUGAUUCAAGGAGUGUCAUAUGUAAAGAGUUAAGCCAAGGAAGAGAUCCACAUGGGCAGCCCGAGUGGCUUUGAGGGGAUGAAUGGUUGCACACACAUGGGUAAUUAUUUUGCACCAGCAGUGCCUUUCAUGGGGGUAGUUGGACCCUCAGAUCCUCUUCUCUAAUAGCCAUUUGCCACCUUGGGUGGUGUCUGGGCCAUUUCCCCUUUAAACGCCCUCCCUGCCUUCCUCGUACUGAAUCUAGCUCUCAAAGAAGGGAACGAAUCCUAAAGCCAGUGAAGACUCCACCCUCUGAGUGAGUUCCCCAAUCUAAAGGGGAAGAGGGGGACUUCAGUGGGUUUUCAACCAAAAAUAGCGGGCUGCAGGCUGGUGAUGAGUCCUUGUUCCUCUCCUGCUCUCCCCCUGGCCGCUCACCUCUGUCCCCUCCCGGGGAGGGCUGCCCCUGCCUUAGCCCUCGGGCCGCCGGACAGACAGCAGGCUUCUCGCUGCAGUGUCGGAGCAAUAAAAUGUGAUGCUUGGGGUUCCCCCCCCAGGGAGCUGCCCAUGGCUUUAUUUAUGAAUCUGGUUUUUGGGUAGUCAAGGGGGGAGACUCCGCUUCAGUGCAAAUCCCCUCUUCCAGGAGCCAUGACUCACAAGAAAAGGGUGCUCGGACUUUGUUAUACACAUUUGCUUUGUGUAAAUAAAUGUUUACAAUUUUAUAUUAAAGAGGAAAUAAGCGUUAGAGUUUCUGACUGUAUAUUUUUUACUUUUAUAGAUUUUAAAACUAUGAUCCUUUAUAUAUGUGUUUUGGGGGAGCUAUGAUAAGUUUUAUGGCAAACAGUCGAUAUUGUUAACUUUCUAUUGUCAUCAAAGUACAUAAAAAUCCUGUUAAUCCCCUUAUCCUCCUACUGCCCUUAACUCUGGUAUACACCAAAAAGAAAUCUUUACUCCUUCUUUUAUCAUUAUAAAGUAAUAAAAGUAUUUUGCUAGUAUGGAAA